AUCAUGAUAUUCAGUGACGUGAGUCAGCAAUGUUUUCUAUCGAAAGAACAAUGUUCAUGAAUGUCAUCGUUUCUCAGUAAUUUCCGCCAUGACGAUUAUAAAAAAAAAAGCUGCGAUUACUCAUUGACAAAUUUCCGGUCGUGUCGUUUUUGAACUCAUAAAAGAGAGAGAAAGAAAAAGAAAAAUAAGAUUUGAAAUAGAAAGCUGUAUCUGUAUUGGUGAUAAGUCAAGAAAGAGAUUUGUGAUCACGAUAUCUCCCGCUGCGAUCCUCGUCAGGUUGGAUAGUUUUCCUCUCCAUAGUCUUAGCUCAUCAUACUACUCUCUCUCUCUCUCGCUCCCUCUUUCCCCCUCUCUAUCUCUCUGUCCAAUCUUCUUAUAACCUCGUGUGCGUUACUACUUCUCUUUCUCACUCUCUGCUUCCCCCUCCGUUCUCCUGGAUCGCUACCCCUCCUUCGGAGAAGCUUCAUCGUAUUCACUAACGUUUCGAACCUCAACUAGACUAUAUUUUCAGAACGUUUCAAUUUUGGCUAGUUGCGUUACUUCUAUUUCAUCAUACGUUUUAUAUAUCGUCUUGCUUUGUUCGUACUUUUUUCCGUAAUGUUAUAACUCAUCGUUCUCCUUCUCUUUUCCCUUUUCUUCCUAUAUCUCGUUCUCAACAAGGUUCUCUCUCUCUCUCUCUCUCUCUCUCUAUAUAUAUAUAUAUAUACACAUAUAUAUAUACACACAUAUAUAUAUAUACAACAUAUAUAUAUAUAUAUCUAUCUAUCUCUAUCCUUCCGUACGUACGUACGCGUACGCACGACACACACACACGCACGCACACAUUUAUGCACGUAUACGUAUACGGAGGUACCGGGUAAAGAAUAAUCGUCGCGCGACUUUACGUAUUCUCGCGCACAUUACGGACGUUUCCAGGCUCCAGGAUGCAGGCUAUCAAGUGCGUGGUUGUCGGUGACGGAGCUGUGGGUAAAACGUGCCUCUUGAUAAGUUAUACCACCAAUGCAUUCCCGGGAGAAUAUAUCCCAACGGUAUUUGACAACUAUUCUGCAAACGUGAUGGUGGAUGGAAAGCCCAUUAACCUAGGUCUAUGGGAUACUGCUGGUCAGGAAGAUUAUGACAGAUUAAGACCAUUAUCCUAUCCACAGACAGAUGUAUUUUUGAUUUGUUUCUCGUUGGUAAAUCCUGCAAGUUUUGAGAAUGUUCGUGCUAAAUGGUAUCCAGAGGUACGUCAUCACUGUCCUGCCACUCCAAUUAUUUUGGUAGGCACUAAAUUGGAUCUACGUGAGGACAAAGAAACUAUCGAGCGUCUUAAAGAUAAGAAAUUGGCACCUAUUACUUAUCCUCAGGGUUUGGCAAUGGCGAAAGAGAUAGGCGCUGUUAAAUAUUUAGAGUGUUCUGCUUUAACGCAGAAGGGUUUGAAGACUGUUUUUGAUGAAGCAAUUCGUGCUGUUUUAUGUCCUGUUCUUCAGGUUAAACCAAAACGCAGAUGUUUCCUUCUAUAAUAUUAAUUGUUAUCCUUUGCCUAAUGGUCUGGAGUUCAAUCGAGCAUAUUACCAUUUCAUCUCCAGCCUGUCAAUUUUAAUUGAAUCACUACAAGUUACCGAUCUUCGACCCCAUAGUGCAGUUUGUGUCCAGCUCUCAUAGACUGACAACAACUGCCAUGAAAACGCACAAAUAUCAAUUUGGUGAUUCUUACAUUAAAAGAUUAAACUACCAUUGUGGACAAAAUUUACAUUAAUUGGAAAUGCAAACUUAUGCUGUUAUCUCUGGUACUGAAAUUGAACAGAUCAAAGCACUUGUGCCGAUCACACAUAAAUUUCCAGUCUAAGCUUUAAUCUCAUAACAAAGAGAAGAAUAAGUAGGCUGGCUAUUCUAGAUAAACAAAGUAUAAUAAAAGAUGCCGAAAGAAGAACUGAUUCUGUACAGUAUGCUAAAGUGUGUUAUUAAUAUUAUGAUUAAUAAUUAUAUAUAAAGGGUAAAAUACAAACAUUGCUAUGUAAUUGUACAAGAGCCCAGAAAUCGAAUACUAAUCAGCUUAAUCAAACGGGAGAGUGAUCCAUGUAUAGUUUGCAGCUGUAUAUACACAUAAAAGAAAAAAAUUUAGAAUUUUAUCUUUAUAAGAGGAGAUACGUUAGCAUGAUCCAUGGAUCAUAGAUAUGUGUUACUGCUACAUAAAUUUAGCUAGAUUGGUUUCUCACUUUAUACGUUGUUUUAGUCAAAUUUUGAAUAUUAUUGCAUUGAAAAAUAAUUAGCCGUAAGAAAAUAUUUUUAAAAUGAUAUCUUAAAUUCAUGAAGGUUUUGUAUAUAUAUAUAAAGUCAGAACUCUCUCUCUCUAUAUAUAUAUAUAUAUGUAUAUAUAUCCCAUAUAUAUAUAUAUAUGAGCUUGAAUUGCUAUGUAAUCGUGAUACCAUAUGCAAUUGCAAACCAUGGAAGAUGCCACACCUUUUUAAUUAAACUGAUCAACAUUUCUCUAUACAUACCAGAGUUUAAAACAGACAAUUGUGUAAGUUUUUGGUGUAUAUGAUAUGAGUAUGUAUGUAAAAUCGAUUUAUUACAUUCUCUGCUUCCUUGUGCUGUUCUUUUUUUUUCUUUUUUCUUUUUUUUUUUUUUACAGUUUUACUGUAGAAUCCGUUAUUAGUACGCACAGUACAUUGUCUUGAUGUGGGCUGUUUUGCAUACCAGCCAAACAUUAGAGAUACAUACAAUUAAAUGAAAGAAGCAGAGGACAAGUGUAUGCAAAAUAAAAUGCAGUAUAAAUGAUUGAGUGUAUGGCAGGUAUGUUAGUUGUGUGAUAAAAAGGGAGCACGAAUGUGUAAGCAUAGAAAAAGAAAACAAAAAAAAAAAAAAAGAAAAAAAAAAAACAAAAAACAAAUCUAUAGCAAAUAAUAAUUGUACAUAAAUGCUGAAGUUCAAAUGUAUUCCUAUUAUUAUCACUUAUGUGUAUAAGUCACUGAUCGAAUCUAAAUCGAACGUUACUUGUUUUUUUAUAUAUAUAUUAUAAAUAUAUAUAAAACGGCUGGAUCAAGAUCUAUCUAUUCGAACGUCGUGAAAAGUCCACCAACCUGUGCAAUCUCUGUCAGGUGGAGAAUUAGGAUUCGGUCCAUGGAAGGAAAAAGUAAAAGAAAAAAACCAUAAAUACUGUAACUAAAUAUGCUUUAUUAAAUGGGUGUUUAUUAAGCA